UGAUCCGGCGCAAAGCGUGUGACCCAUCAUUCCUCGUUACUUGCAACUUGCAUUCCAUCUUCUGCCAAUCUCGACCACGACCUUGAUCUCUCGCCAGUUCGCCUAAUUGCUUCACGAUUUCACACACGAUAUAGCACCACCGAAUGAUCAUAAUGUGUUCCUCGGACAUUUUCCUCGGCCUGUUGGCCAUCUUGUUCCCGCCUCUUGCAGUAUGGGUCAAGCGUGGCAUCUGCUCUGGUGAUUCCGUCAUUAAUGUUCUCCUCUGCUUCCUUGGCUAUGUACCCGGUCUAAUCCACGCGUGGUACAUCAUCGCCAAGUAUCCCGACCCGACAUUUGAGUACGGCGCGCCGCAGGACUCUGAGGGCGGCCACAUCUACGUCUUCGUUCACGACGGCGGCCGCCCAUCGGCGCAACGACAGGAGCAGCAGCAGCCCCGUGGGCAGCCCAAGCCUCAGGCCGCCGCCGGUAACCUUAACUACGGCACCACGGCUGCCAAUAAGUCUGGGGCGUCAGCCGCGGCACUGCCGGCGCCGGCGCCUUCGUCGCAGGUUCCGCAAGACGCCGGCGAGGGCCCCAGCGAUGGCGCUCCCCCGCCGAGCUACGCCCAGGUAGUGGCUGGAGACAACAAGAUCCAGACCCAGGACUAGAAAGCCCCGAGUUCUCCCUGUCCGCGAGAGUGCUGCGCUCAAGAAACUCGUCGGCGCAGAAGCCGUAUGUCGUCCUGGAUUCCCUGGCGAGGAACGUUGUGGUGAAUGGUAGCGUGAUGGCUUUGCGCGCUAGGAGUAGGAGCACACGUCUGCAGGUAUUUCGCAAAGCGACUUCGCAAGUGAAACUACAACCUCGCGAUGAUGCUAGAUCUCUUUUGUGAAGAUCAAGGGGAGACCUUUUUUUGGUAAUAAUUAUGUCGGAUGUUUGGAGCUUUUGUACUUGUAUGGAGGCUAUGAGCGUUAUUUGAAAUAUAUUGCGAUUUACUCUACCUACUUUGGUGUGUCCGCAAUAAGUUGUUCCUAUGUACGGUCCGCCAAUGACCAGUCUACUCUACUUACACC